CUCUCUUUUAUCUGAUAAGUGAGAUAAGAAAGUGCUACAAUUUUUUGUAAUUACAGUCAAAAGCUAGCGCUAUCUUGUAGUACUAUCAAAUAUGGACUAUCUUAAAGGUUUGCUGGUCUUGUUCGGACUUUCAGGAGUUUGCGUCCAGAACACAGAUGCCACCGUGUGUUAUAAAUGUGACCAUGUUGCGCAUCCACGUGACUGUGAUCGAGUGGUUCAAUGUAAAGAUGGAGAGAGUUGCCACGUGGUUAGUUACGCACAACCGGACGGACAUUUCUACUAUGUGACAGGGUGUUUAGCCAAGUCGUCUUGCCCUGCUGGAUCAGGAUUUGGAAAGCGAGAUAUAGCUUUCUGUAACAGAUGUUGCGAGGGUGAUUAUUGUAACAAGGAACUCUGUGAUGGACCACCAUCUACGGAACAUGGUCCUAGAUGUUUACAGUGUACAACGGUUGAGGACCCGACACAUUGUGGAGCCGUAACUGAAUGUGCAAUAGGACAGGUAUGCUACACAAGGGAGAAGUACGUGUUUGGAGAGUUGAGGUACCAGAUGGGAUGCGCUGAUCCGGGUUGUACACCGCGUACAUUCCGGAGUUUGCUGGAGAGGAGAGCAGGACUUUGUCAGACAUGUUGUACCGGGGAGAACUGUAACAGAAACCUGUGUCUGAAUACAGGUUCCCCUGUGACGCAGGCACCAGCCACGGUGCCAAGUAAAAUACCCACAGUUACAGCGCCGCACACACAUGCUCCGGUUACUGCGCCGCACACACAUGCUCCGGUACAUACAACAUAUCAUUAUAACUUAAAGGGCUGUCACUAUAAGGGACAUGUAUAUAAAAAGGGUGAAACGUGGGACGAGGGAUGUGACUUUAGAUGCACGUGCAUUGAUGACAGGUCUGGCAAAUACACGUGUCAGGACAUAUGUCCAACAUAUAUAAAUGUACCAAAGGAAUGCUCUAUGAUACGUGUUCCAGGGGAAUGUUGCGCACACCCAGACUGUCAUGGAGUCCACAUACAUAUCACCAAUAUCACUUCGACCAACAGUACAGGUUUUACCAACAUCAACGAGUGUUAUUACAAGGGAAACACAUACAAACAAGACGAGAAGUGGAGGGACGGUUGUGAGUACGAGUGUACAUGUAUGGAGGCCAACAAAGGAUAUUACAGAUGUACAUCUCUUUGUUAUACAUGGAAUCUUCCGGACAAAUGCCACAUGGAGGAACCAGCAGCAGGAAAAUGUUGCAAGACGCCGAGUUGCCCGGCUGGUUACGUUGUAAAUUAUCCACCAGGAUAUGUAGAAAAUUGAAAUAUCAAAUGACCAGCUUUUUUUUAAUUGUGUUCAGCUUUCGUUGUUAAAAAUAACGCUGGUUUGUUUUAUAUAAAAGUGAAAGACGGA